AAACCUCUCUUUCUUCCCAACUAACUUAACAUUUACACAUUAAACAUUAACUCAUAACUUCUCUCUCUCUUCAAAACAAACCUCCCUUUCUCUCUCUACAAUUCACCCACCGGCCGACGAGACAUCCAGUAAUCUCGCCGGAGAUUUCAAACCCGAUUCACCCCACUACCUCUCUUGACCCACUGAACUGAAUUUUCAUUUUUUUUUACUUUUUAAAUAACUGUGAUGAAUCAUGAUUAGAUAAAAGUAAAACAAAAAAUUUUAAAGAAUAAAUAUUCUUUUCUUUUCUGUGGUUAGCAAUGCAGAAGGAGAAAAAUAUUAUGCCCUUUUAAUUAUUAUUAUUUAUUGUUAAAUUCAGUUCUCAAAGAUCCUUUAUUUAUUUUUGAUAUUCUAAAUUCUCUUCUGUUCUUGAUCAUUUUCACCCUUAAUUGUAUAAUUUCUUUCAAUUUCGUCCAAUUUUGGUGAAGAUGGUGGUGUUUAAUUUUGUUUAAGAGAAAAGAGGGUAUGAACACUGGACGGUGCCAGCAAGUUUAACAUUGAGGAGGUUUUUGUGUGAUUUUUUGAAAGUUUGGGUGCCUAUAUCCCAGCUAUGCCUUUUGAAGUUAUGGAUCAAAGGGGUCGAACUGCUUCAUCCCAUUAUUUUGAGGAUGUGUUGUUACCUGCCGAGAGACAGAUUGGGUUUUGGAAGCCGCAUUCAAUGCCCGAUCAUCAAAUAGGAACUGGUGGAAUGGUUCCAUUUCCUAGCAGCAAGUUGGUUGCUCCAUCCUCUUUGGAAAAAAAUUCACCAGCUGGUGCAUUGUCAGUGGAUUACAUGCAAGCCAUGGAUCAAAAAGAGAAACUAUUGAUUGGAGAAGGAAGUGCCAAUAUGUUGAAGAAUUCAUGGAAUUCUGUGGAUCAUAAUGCAAAAUCUUGGUCAAACUUUUCUGUGCAGCCCGCAUCUUAUAAUUUUGCUGGAAAUAGGGCUGGUUUUGGUGCAACUCAGUGGGAAAGCAGUCUGUUUUCAAGCUCAUUGUCUGAAGUAUUUAAUGCAAAGAUGAAAUUACUGGAGAACGAUGUUCAAUCGCGUCGGCCUGCUAAAGCUGUUGCUUUAACCCAUGAAGAAGAUGAGCCUUUUGAAUCACUUGAAGAACUCGAGGCUCAGACUAUUGGUAAUCUCCUUCCUGCUGAAGAUGAUCUGUUUUCUGGAGUGGCAGAUGACUUGGGAAUUAAUGGUUUUAUCAGUAAUGGGGAUGAGUUAGAGGACUUUGACCUGUUUAUCACUGGCGGUGGAAUGGAAUUAGAAGGGAAUGAUCGUUUGAGUGUGGGAAGAAAUUCUGAUUCUGUUGGGGGUCUUAGCAAUGGCCAAGUGGGUUCUAAUGGUGCACUUGUGGGUGAACAUCCAUUUGGCGAACACCCUUCUAGAACACUUUUUGUCAGAAACAUCAACAGUAAUGUUGAAGAUUCGGAGCUAAAGACUCUUUUCGAGCAAUUUGGAGAUAUCCGAACUCUGUAUACAGCCUGCAAGCAUCGUGGUUUUGUUAUGAUCUCUUACUAUGACAUAAGAGCAUCGCGGAAUGCAAUGAGAUCUCUUCAGAAUAAGCCCCUAAGGCGGAGGAAACUUGACAUACAUUAUUCAAUUCCGAAGGAUAAUCCAUCUGACAAAGACGUUAACCAGGGCACUCUAGUGAUUUUCAACCUUGAUUCUUCUGUUUCGACAGAGGAGCUUCACAAAAUAUUUGGAGUUUAUGGAGAAAUCAAAGAGAUCCGUGAAACCCCGCACAAGCACCAUCACAAAUUCAUAGAGUAUUAUGAUAUUCGAGCUGCAGAAGCAGCCCUUUCUGCCUUAAACAGGAGUGACAUUGGUGGGAAGCAGAUCAAACUUGAACCAAGCCGUCCUGGGGGCACAAGACGUUUGAUCACAAAGCCUGAGCAGGAGCAAGAUGAAUCCAGUAUUUGUCAAAGCCCUUUUGAUGACUUAUCAUCUGGACGAUUAGCAUCAUUUUCUCCUGGGGUAAUUGCAUCUAGCUGCAUGGAAAAUGGAUCUGCCCAAGCUAUGCACUCUUCUAUUCAGUCCCCUGUGGGUUCAUAUAUUGAAUCUCAUCAGAGUUCUAGUGUUCCGAAUAACUUGCCCUCCCCAUUGUCAUUGACAUCUGUCAGCAAACAAUUCGGCCUUCAUGAACCUAAUCGCACCAUGGAAGAAAUGAUGAUUGGUAACCAAUGCAUUCCAAGUUUUCACCCCCAUUCUUUGCCAGAGUAUCAUGAUGGCUUAGCCAAUGGUAUUCCAAUUAACUCCAGCAUUAUUGGAAGCAUGGCCCACAAUGUUGGUUCCAGAGUGACAGAAGGAUUCAACAGCCGGCACAUUCAAGGAGUAGGCUCAAAUGGGCACCUGAUGGAACUUGGCGGAGGCGCUUUUGGAUCAAGUGGAAGUGGAAGUCUUCCCGCACAUCAUUACCUGUGGAACAAUUCCAACUCCGGUCAGCAACAUCAUUCAAGUCGUAUGAUUUGGCCAAAUUCACCAUCAUUUACCAAUGGAGUUCAUGCUCAUCACCUUUCACAUGUGCCUGGGUUUCCAAAAGCAUCUCCGGUUAUGCUCAACACAGUACCUCAACAUCAUCAUGUUGGAUCUGCACCAUCCCUCAAUCUCUCCCUGUGGGAAAGGCGACGUACUUAUUCUGGGGAGUCUCCAGAAGCUUCUAGUUUCCAUUUGGGCUCUCUUGGGAGUGCAGGUUUUCCUGGGAGCUCUCCGCCACAUCCUAUGGAAAUGGCUUCCCACAACAUUUUCUCUCAUGUUGGUGGAAAUUGUAUGGACAUGACUAAAAAUGCUGGUCUACGCCCUGCUCAGCAAAUGUGUCACAUUUUCCCUGGGAGAAACCCAAUGAUAUCAAUGCCAGCCUCUUUUGAUUCUCCCAAUGAACGACUUAGAAACCUUUCACACCGUAGAAUCGAAUCUAAUGUAAACUAUUCAGAUAAGAAACAGUAUGAACUUGAUAUUGAGCGCAUAAUGGGCGGUGAAGACAAACGAACCACAUUGAUGAUAAAGAACAUACCAAACAAAUAUACGUCUAAGAUGUUACUGGCAGCAAUUGAUGAGUACUGUCGAGGAACUUAUGACUUUAUAUACUUGCCAAUUGACUUCAAGAACAAAUGCAACGUGGGCUAUGCAUUCAUAAACAUGAUUGAUCCUCAACAGAUUACUCCAUUCCACAAGGCAUUCAAUGGCAAAAAAUGGGAGAAGUUCAACAGUGAAAAGGUCGCGUCCCUUGCGUAUGCUCGAAUUCAGGGAAAAUCUGCUCUUAUUGCCCAUUUUCAGAACUCGAGUUUAAUGAAUGAGGAUAAGCGUUGUCGCCCUAUACUAUUCCAUACUGACGGCCCGAAUGCUGGUGACCCGGAGCCGUUUCCCAUGGGUGCCAACAUUCGAUCAAGAUUGGGCAAGCCACGAAACAGUGGUAGCGACGAGAACCACCAUAAUAUGAACCCUUCAACUUCAGCAAACGGAGAGGAUUCUUCUGUCGGAACAGACUCAUCGGGUUCCGAUUGAGCAGUAUGCUUUCUCCCAAGGCACUAACUCUAAAAUCCUGUAUAAGAGUACAGAAAAAGCAUAUCCACCUCAAUUCUGUACAUUAGGGGUGACCUGACAAGACAACUACUCUCUUUUCGGCUAUAGAGGAACUCGUGUACAAACUUCAGGAUGCUCAAGUUCACAUCCUGAGGUUGCAUCGAAGUUUUCUUAUCUAGGCCGAUUAUGAGUAUAGAGAAUAUGGCUUAACAAAAGGAGCAAAAUUUUGGGUAGUCAUGACUAAACAAUAUUACAAUGCACCAGAAGUUCCCUACUUGUGCACAGGUUUAAGAGGGAUCUUCUGUGUGAUCAGUUUUCAGUUUUGUAUCUCCAUAUCUCUGUAAUUUUUCAUUUUUCCCUGAGGUGUUCCAAUUCUAAGUCCUUGCUGGUUCAGUUUUUGUUGUAAUGCCUGGGCGUGAUUGCUCGAGGGGAGUCUGCGACGCACUAAACGGAUCCUGGUUGUAGCAAUUUUGAUGUUAUUUAUUGUCUUUUUUAACCAUUA